ACAUAAGAGUAACUAUUAUCUUAAAAAUAUAUCGUAGUUAAAACGCUUGACGAAUUCUAAAAUGUCUUUAAAUUGUAUUAUUUUGUUUUGUUUAUCGUACUCUUUUUUUUUAGCCAAAUCUAAAGGCUUAGAAGAAACAGAAAUGGCGGACGGCACAUACUUAGAUAUUUUAGAAGAAAUGAUGAUUGACGAUAACGUGAUACUGAGUUUGUGGAAUAAUUUGCAGGAACAAGGUUCAAUACAAAGUGGUUACGUUACGUUCGAUACAUUGAGUGACCGACUUCCUAUAUCUUUCCAUGUUAAAACUACCAUGUGGCAUAAUCUCCCAACACAUUCUUCAAUAGGAGACAAACUGGAUUAUUCAACAUUUAAACAAAUGAUGAAAGACAACUUUGUAAAGCAAGAAGGAAUUGAACUUCUUAAAUUUAUAAAAGGUGAAUUAUUUUGAUGUAUCACGAAGUGUGAUGAUUCAAUUAUCUAGUAACUAGUUUACCAGAAGAAUAUGUUUUUGAUUUAAUAAUAUUGCAUUACAAAAUUAAAGCUAAUAAACACAUAAUCACAAAGUAUUGUUUUUAGAACAUAA